AGGAAUAAUAGUCGAGCGCAGAUGAGAGCAGAGGUGAGAUGGAAUAUGGCUCUCUCCAGAGGUUUGAGAUGCUGUCAAAGGGUUUUCUCCUGGAUACCUGUGCUUAUAAUAACCUCCGUGGUGUUGUGGUCGUACUACGCCUACGUGUUUGAGCUAUGUCUUUUUACUAUCCCCAACACAUUUGAAAAAGUGGCCUAUCUACUUGUGUUUCAUGUUUGCUUUGUGAUGUUCUCAUGGACCUACUGGAAGUCAAUAUUUACUCCUCCCGCCACUCCAUGCAAAAAGUUCCAGCUCUCAUACUCUGACAAGCAGAGAUAUGAAAUGGAGGAGAGGCCUGAUGCUCAGAAACAGAUCCUUGUUGAGAUUGCAAAGAAGCUACCCAUCUUUACCCGAGCUCAAUCUGGUGCUAUCAGGUUCUGCGACCGCUGCCAGGUACUGAAGCCUGACCGCUGUCACCACUGCUCGGUUUGUGAAACAUGUGUCUUGAAGAUGGACCAUCACUGUCCCUGGGUGAACAACUGUGUGGGCUUUUCCAACUACAAGUUUUUUCUUCUGUUUCUUUCCUACUCCAUGCUAUACUGCAUAUUCAUUGCAGCAACAGUUUUUCAGUAUUUCCUCAAAUUCUGGGUGGGGGACUUGCCAAAUGGGUCCGCCAAGUUCCAUGUCCUCUUCCUCAUGUUUGUGGCGCUCAUGUUCUUUGUCAGUCUCAUGUUCCUCUUUGGCUAUCACUGUUGGUUGGUGGCCAAAAACAGAUCCACUUUAGAGGCCUUUUCAGCACCAGUUUUUGUCAGUGGACCUGACAGAAAUGGCUUCAAUGUUGGUGUACGCAAAAACCUGCAACAGGUAUUUGGAGAGAAUAGGAGACUGUGGUUCAUCCCUGUCUUCACAAGCCAAGGGAAUGGCCACUUCUUCCCCUUGAAGAAUAGAAGUGAGUCCCGGAACCCCUUAUUAGCUAAUGAGGAGAUGUGGGAGGAGUCAGAAGACUGCUCUGAGGAAGGGAGCCUGGAGAGGACUGUGAUCCCGGUCUUUAGUGCAACAUCAGCGGCUAUUAUUGUUAUUUCACUAAGCAAUCACAGAGGGCACAAGGUUUUGAAACAAGUGUCUUAUGUUAAAAAAAAGCUGUUGUCUUAAAAAUGCUCUGGCUGACUGUUGUCAGACUGCACCAAAAAACUGCACAUGUGGUUGUGGCUGAUCUGGAGACAUCAGUCUCACCCUGUUACACUCUGCUACCACCUGGUGGACAUGUGCGACACACUGGGACUACUGUGUUAGAUGAGUCACUAACUAUGAAAAACCCUGUGAAAAUUAUUCCUUUUUUCCAUCUUGAUUUUUUUUUCUUUUCAUUCCAGUUGAGGACCAAGACCCUUCUGUUACCAUAGAGAUGGAAGAAUAGUCAUUUAAUGUAAGGACAAUUUACACAUGUACAGAGGAUGUACAUUAGUAUUGCACACACUGUGUACCACGAGGCAGAUUAAUAUCAAAUCUUGUGGAUGUUCAGACAAAAUUUAUGAAGGGGGCCAAACGUGUGGACGAUACCUGCAUUUGGACUGUGAUUUCCACUUUGAUCCUGUGUGAUGGUGAAUAGGAAAAUUUGACGCACAACAAGCAGCAUCACCUACCCCUUAUGAAUGGAUGAACAAACGUUUUAGCUUGAUUUGGGAUAAAUAUUACCUCAUUACAAUUAGCCAUGGGUUGAUUAUUCCUUAAUGUACUGGCCUCUGUGGGAUUAUGAAUUACUGUUAAUUGGGAAGCUUCUACUUAGGCACUGUUCUAUUUUAUAUGAUACUGUUGGAGCAUUGGGUUGUGAGUUCAGUGUGUAGAGUGUUGCACCUUAUUGCUCUGACAGUGAAGGGUGGAAGCUACUUCAGUUACACCCAAAAUGCUCCCCAGAUCACUUAAAGCGAGUCUGCUGACUGUCCUCAAAAAGUAUAUUAAAACAAUUUUUUUAAUCACCUGACCUAACUUGGGCCUUACAUAUAUACAUAUAUAAAUAUAUUCCUGUGCUGUGGGAGAUUUCUCUUAAGAAUGUAUCCAGCUUGUGAGUUGGCUGUCUUCAUAUAUUUUUUAAACAGCUCAUCAAAUGCUUUAAUGCAGUAUUUCAGCAUUAAAAUGUCGGGUCAUUCUGGGUAACAAAAAAAAAAAUCACAACUGUCAUGAAUUUGCAGUUUUAGUUCACAGCUACAGCUCAUUAUUUCUGGAAUGAAUGCUGAAAAUCUCCCCCCCUAGUACUAGGGUAUGUGUGAAGGUAAACAAAUUGACUUUCAUGUUCAGAGUAUUUCAAUUAAACCAUAUCCUGAGUAGCACACUGUAUGAGUUGCUGGAACUUCAAGUAAAGUUGCAGUGAUUUAUUUGGUAUGUGCAUAGGAAACAUACUGUAAUAAACAUUAAAAAAAGAAAAAAAAACAUGUUUUCUAUCAUAUCAUCCAUUACUUGUUACGACACCGAGUGUUAUCACAUGCAACCUGAUAUGAAAGUGAGGUUUAAUCAUAGGCAUGCAUUUUUUGUCUAUUUUCUGUUUUUCUUGUGCUUUUUUUUUUUUUUUUGCACUUUUUAAACAUGCAGGUAUCUGUACAUAUAACAUAUUCAACAUCUGAUCCUCAUCCACUGGUUGGUCGAGGUAAACUGUUUUCAGUAUAUAUUUUUUUCUACCUGUGUUUAUGUAUCAUGACAAGUGUAAUACCAUAUUCAGAAACAUAUUAUCCUUAUUCACUGUUCAUGGACUUGAAAGUAUUCUCACAGGGUGUUGCUGGUAUACUAAACCAUUUCUGUUCAACUAUGAAAAAUUAUUUUUUGUAUGGGGGUGUCAAAACCUUGAGGGUGUUUGAUCAUGACUCUUGACUUGCUUCAUUGAACUUGUUUUUCUACUUUGUCGGGUAAGCCAAAUCAAAUGCUGCUCAUGUUUGGGAAAUGCAUAACGUCACUGAUUAAUUAAAAAUGUAUGUUGUUUUUAUCUGAAGAAUGAGUCAGUGUUUGAACGCAUGUAGAAUCAUUAGGAAAGAUUUGGAUGUUGAGUGUUUCAUGUUGUCUUGUGUCUAUUUAUUGUUCUACUGUUCGGCUUUCUUCUUGUGCAUUGAGUUUACUGAUUCAUGCUGUAACUGCUGCAGGCAGUGUCUGUAUCAUUUGCUCCAUCGAGUGACACUUAACUAUUGAAGUAAUGUGGUUUUAAUUGACCUUUAGGAAAUGCAUUAAUACAAAAUGGUGACAAAUUAUACCCAGUCAAUGUUAUAUGACAGAUUCGCAGACAUCAGCUCUGUAUUGUUAGAACAUACACUAUAUGGUCCCGUUUCUGAAUUGUCUUUGGAGUAUGUGAUUGUGGCGCUUCCCUUUUUCAGUAUGUCUGAACCACU